AUGGCCGCCAGAGCACUGAACCGACUUUCUCGAGAGUCUAUUCUCAACUUGGUACGGAUAUGGCUUCACGACACGCACUGUUCGCCAUACCUCGUCCAAAACCGCAAUUUCCUCGAGGCUGAUGAAGAGGACUACUUCCAUUCCCCAGCCGAGAAUGUCGAGGCUUUGCGCGCAAUCUACAGAAACCUGAAGAAAACCACCAACUCUUGCACCAAAAAGGAUGUUAUUGAUCGAAUUAUUGACGGCGAUUGGCGGAGAGGCUUGUCCUUGCAUCAACAUGCUAUGAUCGAUAUGGCAUAUCUAGAGCAAGCCGAUACCGCUCUUCGAUGGAGCGCGCUGCGUCUCGUCCCUCUAGAUCCCGACGAAUUGAAAGAGGAGGAGCCAAAAGAACUGCAAGCUAGACGAAAGAGACGGAAGUUGAAUGACCUCGACCCUGAUCGCAAAUAUCCGCAGGUUUCUCCGCCUGCGUUCCUCGCUGCGCUCAAGGCUGAGAUCUCCCCCCUCGUCAAAGCGCAUUAUCACUUGCAUCGGCUGCCUGCACCUUACAAUAUGUCGGUCGUAAGAUUGUACAUAAACUCCUUGUCCACCUUUCGACCAUGUCCAUCUCAGAUACCCCGACGUGCCAAACAUGCUACCAACACCGCGAGAGUCAUGUACAUUGCACUUCCAGAGAGCUGUCCGUACAUAUAUGUUUCUUUGUCUGGAUCCACAGGUUCAGGUUUGCGAUCAAAGGCUUCAAGACAUUCCAGAGGGAAGAUCACCACCAAAGUGGACCUGGCAGCAAUGAAGAAGAUUGUCAUCGAGGCCAUCCCAAAAGCCCUGUCACGACCACAACACAGAUGGGCUCUGGAAUCUACAAAACUCACUGCUCGGUCACUUCAGAGUCUCGCUGCUCUUAGAGGAAACGUCGAUCCUGGUUCAGGCGGUGGGGCCUACAGUGUGUUCUGUUCAACGGGCACGUCGUCGACUACAAGUCCAGUGGAUGUUCAGUCACGACAAUUAAGGCAAGGAGAGAAGGAGACAGCACUGAUUGAAACAAGAUUUGGCUCAAUGGAUGGCCCUCAUCAUGCAGCCUUGGACCGUGUACAUGUGACUAUUCAAAAUGCAGCAAAAGUUGGUGAGACAGACGAUGCGAACAUGGAGGACAUUGACGCAGCCCCCAUCGGUUUGAACUUUUCUGGCAAUGAUAUUUUCUUAGGCGUGAAGAAGCUUGCAGAAUUGGGCGACGAUUACCUGAAUUUGGCUAACAUGCCUGCAUGGAUGACUGGAGAAUUGGGUAUCAGCAGUCUGAAAGUGUAA